GUCCGUCAGACUGAAGAAGGACCAGGAAGCAGGUGCAAGGAAACUCAAACACCAACUCCAAACUCUUACUUAAGAAACCCUCAAGAACUUUCCUUCCCUCCCUUGUAGUCAUCCCAAUUAACAAUUUCCUUCACUAAAACCCUCUCAAGCCAAACAGAGAAAGCAAAAGGCCCGCCUCUCGUAGCUUGGAAAAAAACACCUUAAGCUAUGAGCGAAAACCAAGAAAGAUUCAGGGUCCCGACCGAAACAAGCAGCAGCUAUGCCUUGAGCGGCAAGAUCAUGCUCAGCGCAAUCGUCGUUUUGUUCUUCGUGGUAAUCCUCAUGUUCACCCUCCAUCUCUACGCCCGCUGGUACCUUCUCCGCGCCCGCCGCCGCCAUUCCCGUAACCCUCGCCGCCAUUCGCGGAGAACGCAGCUUGUCUUCUACGUUGACCCCGACGCUAAUGCUGUACCCGCCGCCUCGCGCGGUCUCGAUGCGCGUGUGCUCAAGUCGCUACCGGUUUUCACUUUCUCCUCCAAGACGCACCCGACUCCGCUCGAGUGCGCCGUUUGUUUGUCCGAAUUCGAAGAAAACGAAUCGGGUCGGGUCUUGCCCCAGUGCAACCAUAGUUUCCAUUUAGAGUGUAUAGAUAUGUGGUUUCACUCUCACUCCACGUGUCCCCUUUGUCGGACCCCCGUUGAGGAGUCCGUACCCGUAUCUGACAACCCGGGAGAUUUAGUUUUAACGAUUAAUGAGCCGUCGGGGGGAGAAUCGGGAUCAAAUCAGAGCUCAGAAUUGUGUUCCGCGUGUCGGCACGAGGAGGGGCAGCCGGGUACAUCGGCCGUCGGUGCUGGGAGGAAGUUGUCGAUAGAGGUUCCCAGAAGGAACACCGCAGGUUUCGAAGGUGAGUCAAGUGGUUGUGACUCAGGGCCGAGUCAGUCUUAUAAAUCCCCGAUGAGUCGAAUGUUGUCGUUUACGAGGAUAUUGAGUAGAGAUAGGAGAGGGAGUGGAACGAGUCCUUGUCCUUCGCCGAUGAACGCGGGGAGUUGUGGAUCAAUAACUGUGCCCGAGUCGGACAUCGAGCGAGGCGGGGAGGAGACACGGCAAACUCAGGGCUGACUCCGGGGAUGUGUCACUCAGUGAGACAAAGUCGUAUCCUGGUGGCCGAUUCACCUUAUCGAAGUGAAAAGACAUUCAUUCGAGGACGUGGGGGACAGAAUCCACGAGCCUCGACGUUAUUGGACUCAACUGAUGUACACGUGGCAGAUUUGACGUUGAUGAGCGUGAAUAUUUGAUCGUAAAAAUCUGUGUAUAGAUUUCUCUGAUUAAAUUAAUUUGUUCUUCUUUUUUUAACAUCCUUCCCGGAAAAAAAAUAUAUUAAAUUUGAGAUAUCUUUUGUA